AUGCCGUGCGAAAUCGCAGACUCAGACGAUGACUCCGAUUUCAACUCGCCUAUCAAAUCUCCAGCAGUUCCCGAGGAUCUCGUAGGCGAUACUACAGUUCCAAGCCAGCCUUCACUCUCCGGCUACGACUUCGACCAGUUCCUGGAUCCUACGCAGCGACUGUCAGAUCUCUCCCCGAGCCAACGGCAGCCUGACAUGCGAUUUCGAAGCUCCAUAAGUCUUCUGGAUGGUACCUCUGAACCUGUCCACUCUGCUACUGCACGGUCAAAGAAGAGGCCCCAUAGUGAUCUGCUCGAGAUAUCCAAUGAUUUCCGCGGCAGCAGUGGUGCAAAGGAGUCGGGAUCGAAGAAGCCAAGGGUCUAUGGCCACCCCGCCAGGUCUCGAACCGUCCACGACAUCGAGUUAUUCGCUGGCACUCAGGAGCUGUCGCCAGAAAGAACGCGCCUAGUCAAAGAUGGCUUGGGUCAAUCCAUAUCAGAUCCGCCACGAGAAUCGAAUGCCACAAACGGCUCCCUUUCGACGGAUCUCACCAUUCCUAGUGGCAUGCUGAGUCUCAUCGGCCAGUCAACCACCGACGGGUCACAUCGCUUGACGACCUCAGUGGCUUCGAUGGGACGGUACGAGAGCCUCAACUUAGAUUUUCGUGGCUCGGGACAAGGUCUUGACGUCAACGCCAACCCAUUUGGCUCUUUAAGCCAGGUCUCAUUGAAUGAAGACCCCAAUUCAGCUGAGGCUGAACGCUUUGCGAGUAUGUUCCAGGCUAGCGAGGAGCUACAACACUUGGAACGAAAAGAGCAGAGUUCCGCCGGGCCCGAUAUUGUCUUGUUUGAAGACUCCUUGUUCGACCCACCGCAAGCCGAGCUGGGUCAGGCCAUGGUAGUGGACCCCACUCGUCUUAUGCAACACGACGGAGCUACAUUUGAUUCUUUAUCAGAAGGCCAUGGCCCUGGGAACGAAGCCACAGUCGAUGUCGCUGCGAAGACACUGCCUUCAGUGGCUGUAACGGAAGAAUCGGACAAGCCUCAGCCGAAAAAGCGCGGACGCAAACCCAAGAAUUCCAGGGUACCUUCCCAGUCCCCGGCGCCUGGGGUGUCGGAAGACGUGGAAAGGGAUGAACUGGCAUUACCAAACAUGCCGCCACCAAAUCGACCGAGACGAGGGACACUGGAUUCAUUGUCUCAAGCGCCUCAAGCACCAGGCAAUCCUGCUCCAGUCAAGAAGAGGAAGCGGGGACAAUCAGAGGAGAUUCCUGACGAAGAAGAGCAUGAAAAACUAGCUGCAGAAAGCCCCCCCACAAAACAACCAACAAGCGAGCUGAACCUCAGCGACGAGGCGAUGAUUGGGCUACCAAAAGAGCAGUACAAGCCGCGACCGAGUCGUUCUCGAUCCAAGAGGGUCAUCGACGAAGAAGACACCAUUCUUCUUCCGCCUUCUGUUCCAGAGGCCAAACACGACACCCCGGCCAAAACCACAGCUGCAGAUGGAGCAGACGACAAAGAGCAGACACCAGCAAUCACACCAGCAAAGGCCAGCGUCAAGAAGUCCGGACGCAAAAGCAAGGUGAAGCGCGCAAAGACAUCUGCUGCAGCCCUACUGAAAAAGGCGGAUCCCAUGCUUAGCGAAGGGGAAGAAGACGUUGUUUGGAUGGACACGAAGCCGGCUCCCGUGAAGCUCGACCUGCCGCCCGAUCUCAAGGUGCUUAAGAAGGAAGCAGAUGCGCCCAAGGAGGAAGAUGGGCAGGAGACAAGACACGAUGGCCCUGCAGAUACGACCACAACAAACGAGGGUGAAAGCAAGAUAACUAUCGAGAUUCCCCUUGCCGCCGAGAUUAAGGACCCCGUGGCAGGACCUAAGAAACGAGGCCGCAAACCCAAGAAGGUCCCGUCAAAAGAGGAGACUUGGCCCGCCGACGAUGAAUCUCAGGACAUCAUCAACGAUCGGCCCGCUCUAGCGGAGAAAGAGGCCAAUGUGCCCAGCAUGGACGUGGGCGACUUCUCACCAAAAGCGCCUACGGUAUCCCCGAUCUCGGUCUGCGACUUACAGCCUCCUUCUGCAUCACCGGAGAAAGAAAACAAUCCCUCUGCAGCGUCUGCACUCACGACACCAUCUAAGCCUGCUGCGGAAAAAGGGCCGACGAAGCAUUCACCAAUCAAUGCUCUCAACCUCUCCUGUGGCAGAAAAGUGAUCUACCGCGUAGGUCUGUCCAAGCGACAGCACAUUCCCAGCCUCUUGCGCAAGGUGCAACGGGACAAACCGCCGCCAAAGGUCGUGGUCCGGAAGGAGCCGAAAGGAAAGAAAGACGUCAAUCUCGACCUGGACAACGAUGGAGAAGGGGAAGGGGGAUCUGGUCUUGCUGCAGGCGAGUUGAGAGGCGCGGAUGGAAUGCUGAUUGAAUGGGGUGACUGA